AAGACCACCUGUUCUGUUAAUUGAGCCGGCAAAGUGGUGCUUACUUUGAAAUGCAACCCGUCAACGAAAAGUAUAUAAUAGUCAUCUUAACUCUGGCUUGAAACCAUUCAUCUGACGAAGCUAUCAAUUGAACCGAGAAGUUUUCUCCGACAUCUAGAAAAAGGAAAGGAUAGCAAACAACAUGGAUACCUUAUGUGCAACCCUUGCCAUGUUCUUGGCCGUGGCUCUAGUCUCCGAUGCAACGGAAACUGGAACUUGCGAUCUGGAGUUAAAACGAGGGCCGUGUAGAGCUGGUUUUAAUCGUUGGGGCUUCGCUGGCGGUAGAUGCAUCUUGUUCGCCUAUGGUGGUUGCCAGGGAAACGCAAACAACUUUGAAACUGAACAGGAUUGCAAGGAUACAUGCGUCUGUGCUAAACCCAAAGAUGAAGGUUCGUGCCGCAUGGCCGAGGAACGAUGGUAUUUUGCUGAUGGCGAAUGCAGCACGUUCAUAUACGGUGGUUGUCAAGGCAACGCAAACAACUUUCAUUCAUUGAAAGACUGCCAGGGUACCUGCUACGACACGUGCGACCAACCCGCCAAAGAUGCAGGACCAUGCCGCAUGGCUAAGAAACGAUGGUCUUUCUCAGAGGGCGUGUGCACCGAGUUCAUAUACGGCGGUUGCGGUGGCAACUCAAACAACUUUGAGAGCUUUGAAGAUUGCCAGGAUACCUGCUCUUAGCUUGAACAUCUGACGCCACACUUCAAGGCUCGCGAAUCAUACGCCACAGAGUGUGGCCUCCUCUAUAUAGCCUAGGUCGAUUCCCGUUCAUCUUCACCUUUCACCUAUAUAGAUUAAUAUGCAGACGACCGCAAGUGCAGCUGCCAAAAUGUCUCGGGCCAAUCAAAAAACAGAUUUAGAAAGCUUACGUCACUUCUCGUUUAUCCAUGUUAAAAUGAUUAUCCAAUGAAAUCACUGGUUCUGAAAAGCAAGUACCUGUCUUUAGGGGACCAGUCUAACCUGCUCUUACAAACCAAAAUGUGCUCUAAUGACUUUACCGUCUCGUCCAGACAGUGCGGCGGGGACCAGACAUCUUUCCAAGAAGCAGUCUAAUAGUAUACGACAGAACUCUGCUUAGUACGGUUUAAGUAUACGUAGUUAAUAGUCUCGACACGGUUUAAAGACUUGCUCUCCAUCCUUCAAAUAAAGGCAACUGGUGAUAACUUGUAACGAAUAGGCCUAAGUUUGUCCAGCUGCGAAAAUAAAAAUAACAAGGAGUUUUCGAAAUCACGGCUUGACUUCCUUGGGCUCCCUCCCCCGUUAAAAACUUCCAGAGGAGCCUUAAGAUGGACCAAGCCCAAGCAGUGGUUUCGAAGGGACAUUCCUGGGCCCUGACCCCCACCCCCACCUCUAUAAUGGAAUGGUCCAGUUUGGGAAAUCAAUGACUCCCGUCUUCCUUGGAGUUCAGCCAAAAUCCUUUUCGCUUUGAUCAUGCGCAUUGGGACAAGCAAUAGGCUACCGAUGAUGUAAUGACGGCUUCGGCAUUACGGCUUUGGCCUCAUCAUCAAAAGGACCCAUAACGUUGUUAGUGUGGCAGUCAAUGGCCUUUUAGUUAGCCGUGUAGCAUUCAAGUCAUUCUUUAUCAGCAAACACUAUUUUCACCCCACUACCAGAAGUAGGUCACCCUGUGACCCAGAAAUGCAUGAGUCCGGCCCCCUGAAUCCGCCGGCUAAAUUCUGACCCGAAAGUUUUCCAGAGAGACGAAAUAAAUCGCCAACUGCCGUUAUGUCUUUUAGUUCUUAUGUUUGUUUUAUUCCUUUAGAUAUUAAGUUAGUUAUUUUUCUCACCCUUUCACAAUGCAGCUUUAGUUGUCUAUUUAGUCGAAUAAAUUUUAAGCAAUCAAAACCAGAAGAAUUUGUUGUCUGCUC